AUGCAAACAAACGUGCAUCAAGCACCUACAUCCGUCUGUACGGAAAUCUGUGAAAAACAUGCAACUGAAAUUGUGAAAUUCUUCUGUAAGCAGCAUGCGAUUGUUGGUUUUGGAGACUGUAUGAUUCUUGAGCACAAAUCAUGUAAAGUUGAUUACAUUCCAGAUAUCGCUGAGGCGUUUCUUAAAGGGAGUGAAUUAAUUGCACUAGUUCGCGAAAUCAGUCGACUCCAGUCCAUUGUGAACUUAACAAGUGAGGACAUUGAUAGGGCUGAAACAGAAGCAGACAAAGCUUAUGUAGAAACUGUAAAUGAUAUAAGAACAUUUAGAAAGGAGAUCAAUGAUUAUCUGGACAGAAUGGAGCAACAACUGCUUGACAAAUGUGACACAAUAAAGCAAGAAAACACUAAUAUGAAUAAGAAGAUGGCUGAAGAUUUUAAACACAUGGCGAAAGAGCUAGAUAUUAUUCAUGCACAGCUUACAUCGCAGUCGGAGCAAUCAACUAACAUGUUUGUAAAGGCGAGAAAAGCAGGGUCAUCUUUAAAAACAUUAGAAGGUCAACUGUCUGCAAUUGAUAGAAGGUCCAAAAUUGAAAUUUUCAAUUCAAAAAGAAGUCAAGUUAUCAACAAUGUAGUAUCCAAAUGUAGCCCACUCGGAGAAAUUAAAGUUCGAAAUAUUGCUCAACAGCAGAGAAAAACGCCGACAAAAAGAAGCAUCGUUAAUGCCAUACCAAAACAAGAAGGGGUCAUCAAUGUCAAGUCAUCCUCAGACGGAAGGGAUUGUUAUAUAUCAGGUAUAGUCACACUGAACGAUACAACGCUCGCAUGUACUGACUGGUUUAACAACAAGGUAAAGCUGAUUGAUAUCACACGUGGUGCACUUACCUCGGAGAUAGAUGUACCGCCACCCUGGGAUUUGACUCUCGUUCCAAACGAGGAAAUUGCAGUUUCCCUUACCUUUGAAAGGAAGAUUCAAUUCCUGUCGUUCAGACAAAGUCUAUGUAAAGGUCGCUUCAUUAAGGUUAAUGGAAGCUGUCGCGGAAUAGCAUAUAGCAAUGACAAGCUUGUUGUGUCAUUCGAAGGUGUCCCUAAAGUUGAGACUUUAACUCUUCAGGGCAAAGUUCUCCAUUGUAUUACUACUGACAAUACUGCGACAGCGUUGUUUGAUUAUCCUCUCUAUGUUGCCGUAAGUAGUGGUGACGAGAUAAUAUACGUGUCAAAUUCCAAAGCUAACUCUGUGAACAAGCUUACAUUUGACGGACAAGUACUCGCUACAUACAAAGAUUUGGACUUUAUGGAUCCUAGAGACCUUGUUGUUUGUGAAGAUGGGCACGUGCUGGUGUGCAGCUAUUCCAAGAGUAAUAUACAACUAGUAUCACCAAAAGGUAAAAGACUGAAGAAUAUUCUCGAAAGGAAGGACGGUGUUGACCUCUGUUUGGCACUGUGCUAUGAUGAAGACAAAAACAUGCUGUACCUGAGUAACUGUAACAGCGGAAAUCAGAUUCAGAUCUAUAAGAUUAAGUAA